AUGCGGAUACAAGCACUAAUUUUUGCUAGUUGUGCUACUGCUUUUGCGGAGAUUGUAGAGUACUCAUUGUCGAGGGAGGAGUGCCAAGCUGCCGGUUUCAAUCCUGAAACAUUAAAGUGUUCUACAUGCAAGCAACUAACUGAAUUCAAUCUAGAUUUUUUGAUGACUGAUUGUGAAUCAUGUUGUACGAAGGAUCAAGAUGAUGAACAUGAGAAGUACCCAAUGGCACACAUAGAAGUUUGUGAAUGCAACCUUGGACGCUUUCCGCAAGUUCAAGCUUUUGUUAGAGAAGAUAUGGCUUCAAAAUGGGGUGGAAAAGUACGGGUUCGUCAUGUGAGAGGUGUUCGACCGCAAAUUAAGUUGAAGGAUGAUUCGGGGAUCACUAGACAAACCAUGAAUAUUGAAAAAUGGGAUACAGACACAAUAUCAGAUUUUUUGGAUCAGUGGCUGCAAUGA